CGCUCCGCCAGCACCAUGCCGGGGCUCCGCGCCGCGCUGCCCGCCGCCCUCCUCCUCCUCAGCUCCUUCCCGCCCGCCGCGGCCGAGCAGCCGCCGUGGCCGUGGGCUCCGGGCGUGAUGCACGCGCUGAACCCCAGCGACCGCCAGGCCUCCAGGGCGGCGCGGACAGCGCUGCACUACAGCAACUACUACGGGGCGUCCCCCAGGCUGCUGCGGGCUCUGCGGCAGGUGCUGAAGGCUACCGCCAAGAUCAUUCCAGGAGUUGGUGUGAAGUAUUACCUGCAGUUUACUACUGAAGACUACAUAAAUGGGGAAAAUGCUGGGAGCUGCCUUGCUACAGUCUUGUACCUACAGAAGUCUCCGCCUGAAGUCAAUAUCAAGUGUGCUCACACUCAGGAUAAGAAAGAAAUCCAAGAAGAGGACAACAGAUUUUACCAGUAUCUUCAGCAUCGAACGAAACCAAUAAUUGCAAAUGAUAUUCCAGACAGCCAUGGAAAUAUUGACCAUGCCCAUCUUCCACUGUGGGGCUUGGCUAUUGCUGGUAGCAGUUACAUCAUGUUGGAGAAGUCAACAGAGAACUUGGGUUACUUCAUGGCACAAGUCAAGGCUGUGAAGCAGCGGAUAAGGAAGGACAGUGCUGUUGAGUUUGAAUUCAUGAUCUUGCUCCACGAAACUCCAACGCAGAAAAUAGAUCUCUGUCACAUGCACCUCAUUUGGACACUCGGUCACCCUCUGAAGGUGAAAUACAUCUGCACUUCAGAUAACCAUCGGCUCGAAGAUGGCUCAGGACAGGACUACGGAUCAGCUGCUGGGAUGUUCCAUGAAAAGGAAGGGAAUUUUUAAAAGCGACUGUUAGCUUGAUGCACACAUUAAAUGGGAAACCUCUGUGUAA